AUGGCGGAUUCUAAGUGUAGUGACAGUUCUACCAGGUCGAUGAUGAAUCCGUGGGUUCUUCAUUUUCAGAAACUGGGUCUCGAGCUCAAGUGUUCGCUCUGCUUGAGUUUGCUUCAUCGGCCAACAUUGCUUCCAUGCAAUCACAUUUUCUGCAAUUCCUGCAUACCCAAUUCGACGCAUUUUGGAAAAGAGUGCCCUUUGUGUAAAGUUCAAGUUGCGGAUCGAGAUCUCAGGCCUGCGCCUUUCAUGGAAAACAUAGUAGCAAUCUACAAAAGCUUGGAUGCGUCUUUCUGUGCCAACUUGUUGCAGCCCAUUUCUUCUGAUGUUAGGACAGUUUCACCUAAUAUCAGUUUUGCUGGGAAAAUGGCUAAAGAAUCAUUUGACAAUGGCCAAGGGGGUAAUUCAAACAGUGGGCAAUCCAUCUAUUCAUCAGGUGCUAAUGAACGAGUUUGGGUUCCAUGUAGUCUGAAUCGUUCUGUUGCAGAUGUAGUAGACACGAAUUGCAAAGUAGAUAAGUGUGUCAUGCCAAUAGAUGGAUUUAAUGGAGUGGGAAAUCCCAAUUCGCCUCCAAGCUCUCAAAUAAGAGCUGGGGGACUUGAAGAAUGUAUGACCAUAGAAAGAGACAUGAAUCAGGUAGCGCAGUCAUUGCCAGACAGUCCUCCUUCAUUUGGUGAUACCAAAUGUUCAGAUAAUGAUAGCUCUGAUCGUCACCGUGAGCAAAUUUCAGAAAGUUCUUUGGUCAGGAAAUCUAUCAGUGAAAUUGAUGAUAGUAGAACAGGUCUGAAGAGGCAUGAUAGUUCAGCAACUGAAAAUGAUGGUCAUUUGAGGGACCUCAAAAGACAAAAGAAUCUGAACUUUGAGCCAGUUUCAACUACUAAUUCUGAGCUGGAAUAUGGAUUCAGGACAUCUUCUAAUACCAUUUGUGCAUUUUGCCAGUCUUCCACAAUCUCAGAGGUUACAGGGCCAAUCCUGCAUUAUGCUAAUGAGAAAUUGGUAGUGGGAGAUGAGGCAGCUGUUUCAAAUGCCAUACCUGUUCACAGAAUAUGCAUUGAUUGGGCACCACAAGUGUAUUUUGUUGGUGAAGCUGUUAAGAAGUUGAAAGCGGAAGUGGCAAGGGGUGCAAAGCUUAAAUGCAGCAAAUGUGGGCUAAAGGGAGCAGCAUUAGGAUGCUUUGUGAAGUCAUGCCGGAGAAGCUAUCAUGUUACCUGUGCAAUUGGAAUUUCUAAAUGUCGUUGGGACAGGGAAAACUUUCUGCUGCUCUGUCCAGCUCAUUGUUCUGUUAAAUUUCCCAGUGAGAAGUCAAAUUCUGAGAAUCCCAAAAUAUGUCCACUGUCCAACAGUUGGGUAGCUUCAAAUGGAGCAAAAGAAUGGAUUUUAUGCCCUUCUGGUUUGUCUUCUGAAGAGAAGCUUCUUUUGAUCAAGUUUGCCAAGAUGAAUGGUGGAACUGUGUCCAAGAUCUGGAGACCAGAUGUUACACAUGUAAUUGCAGCCGUGGAUGAGGAUGGUGCAUAUGUCCGGACUUUAAAAACCUGCAUGGCCAUUUUGGCUGGAAGAUGGAUUCUGAAAAUUGACUGGGUAAAAGCAUGCAUGGAAGCCAUGCAUCAUGUAGAUGAAGAACCUUAUGAAGUUAGUCUCGAUAACUAUGGGUGUCAUGAUGGCCCAAAAACUGGCAGGCUUCGGGCAUCAAACAAGGAUCCAAAGCUCUUCAAUGGUUUGAGUUUCUAUUUUGCUGGUGAUUUUGUACUGGAUAGACAGGAAGAUCUUGAAGAUUUGAUCAUAGCCGCAGGAGGUACUGUCUUUGACAGCACAGAAGAAGCGCUGGAACAAAGUUCUCUUGGACAGGCAGCAUCAAGGACGCUAGUUGUUUACAACCUUGACCCCCAAGAAGGAUGCAAGUUGGGGGAAGAAGUUUCAAUCCUUUGGCAAAGGUCAAAUGAAGCCCAGGAUAUAGCCGCAAAAAUUGGAUCCCAAAUCGUUGGCCACACCUGGCUCUUGGAAUCAAUUGCUAGAUGUGAGUUACAGCCUCUUGUCUGUUGA